AUGCUGACAUCCGUUCUCAGGCCUUCGACGGCCUCGCUCCUGCGCGGCGGCAUCGCCUCCCGUCGCGCCCUCUCCACCUCGGCCUCUCUCCGUGCCGACCGGGCUCCCCCCGGCACCCUCAACAAGUACUCGCGCAUCAUCACCAAGCCCAAGGACCAGGGCGCCUCCCAGGCCAUGCUCUACGCCACCGACGGCAUCGAGUCCGACGAGGAUCUCACCCGCGCCAUGGUCGGCAUCGGCUCCAUCUGGUACGAGGGUAAUCCGUGCAACGCCCACCUGCUCGCCAUCUCGCAGCGCGUCAAAAAGUCGGUCCAGGAAGCCGGUCUCACUGGUUACCAGUUUGGCGCCGUCGGUGUCUCGGACGGUAUCUCUAUGGGCACCGACGCCAUGUCCUACUCUCUCCCCUCGCGUGACUUGAUUGCGGACUCCGUCGAGUCCGCCUGCGGUGGCCACUGGCUCGACGGCGCCGUCGUGAUUCCUGGAUGUGACAAGAACAUGCCCGGCGUUCUGAUGGCUCUGGGUCGUCUCAACCGUCCCGGUAUCAUGCUCUACGGAGGCACCAUCCGCCCCGGUGGAUGCUCCAGCGUUCCAGGCACCCUCGACAUUGUCUCGGCCUUCCAGUCCUACGGUCAGUACCUUGCCAACGGCGGCACCCCGGACGCCGAAAAGAUCCGCUACGAUACCGUCCGCAACGCCUGCCCCGGCCCCGGUGCCUGCGGCGGCAUGUACACCGCCAACACCAUGGCCUCGUGCGCCGAAGCUCUCGGUAUGACCCUCCCAGGCAGCUCGUCGUUCCCCGCAGAGUACCCCGAAAAGAUCGCCGAGGCCGAAAACAUGGGUGCCGCCAUGCGUCUCGUGCUUGAAAAGGACAUCAAGCCGCGCGACAUUAUGACGCGCGCCGCUUUCGAGGAUGCCAUUGCGCUCACCAUGGUGCUCGGAGGCUCCACCAACGCCGUCUUGCAUCUCAUCGCCAUCGCACACUCGGUCGGCAUCCAGCUCGACAUUGACGAGUUCCAGCGCAUUGCCGACACCACGCCCUUCCUCGCCAACUUGAAACCGUCGGGCAAGUACGUCAUGGAAGACGUGCACUCGAAGCUCGGCGGCAUCCCCACCGUCAUCCAGUACUGUAUCGAGAACAAGCUCAUGAAGGGAGAGCACAUGACUGUCACCGGGCGCACGCUGGCCGAGAACGUCGACCGAUGGACGCACGCACGCGGCAAGCUCCCGACCAACCAGGACGUCCUCUACCCCGUCGACAAGCCGCUCAAGAGCACCGGGCAUAUCCGUAUCCUCAAGGGCAACCUCUCGCCCGGCGGUGCUGUUGCCAAGAUCACCGGCAAGGAGGGUCUGCGAUUCACGGGCAAAGCGCGAGUGUUUGACACCGAGGACGCCAUGGUCGCCGCCGUCGAGAAGGGCGAGAUCAAGAAGGGCGAGAAAACCGUCAUCGUGCUCCGCUACAAGGGUCCCAAGGGCGGGCCCGGGAUGCCCGAGAUGCUGAAGCCCACCAGUCUCAUCAUGGGCGCCGGUCUCGGCCAGGAUGUCGCCUGCCUGACCGACGGUCGUUUCUCCGGUGGCAGUCACGGCUUUGUCAUUGGCCACGUCGUUCCCGAGGCGCAAGUCGGCGGCCCGAUCGGGCUUGUUCAGGACGGCGAUGUCAUCAGCAUCGAUGCCGAGACCAACACGCUCGAGCUGGUCGGUGUUUCCGAGGCGGACCUGGAGAAGCGUCGCGAGGCGUGGAAGCCGUUGCCGCUCAAGCCCAAGUCGGGUCACUUGCUCAAGUUUGUUCGCAACGUCGCGGAUGCUUCGCACGGCUGCAUCACUGACAAGUGA